AUGCGAGUACGAAACGAUAAAGUGUCAUCAAUAGAAAAAGAACCAAGCUUGACCUGUGCGUUCCUCUCCUCGAAUUGGAGGGUUGUGCCGUUCUCGCCCGCUACUGGUAGUCACUGGAACGUGAUGAAAAACGAAGAAGUUGUUGCAACUGCGGCGGCCACGGCGUUGUCGCCGGGCUGGAGAAAUGGCCGGAGGGAAGAGGGUUAUGCUGCAACCAACCAGUCAGUCAACCAGAGGCGAGUCUGGGGACCAGAAGUGUGCAGAGGAGGACGAAGGAGCGGGCGAUGGUCGGAUUAG